CUCCUUCACAUCCCAUACGAUAUUCGAAAUAAUGGCCCACCAUGCAACAAUUGGACCUUCAUCAUGGAACGGUGGUGUGGCUCACUCUUACCUGCCAUCAAGUCUCGAAAGGAACCAUUUGCCUGCCUUGCACUGAGACAGUUCCAGGCAGCACAAUUAUUUGAGGUUAUCAACCAAUAUAACCUAGCUGAA